AAUGUCUGAUUUGGCUGACAAGAUAGUUGUAGUUAUCAGAAAAAGACCAUUAGGAAAAAAGGAGCUAGCAAAAAAGGAUGAAGAUAUUGUGGAUGUUAAUAGUGAUUAAAGUGUAAUUGUUAGAGAAGUGAAGUAAUACACAAUUGUAAACAUAGACAAAAGGUAGAUCUUACAAAAUAUGUUGAAGAACAUAUGUUUAACUUUGAUUUGGCAUUUGAUCAGAAUGCCUCAAAUUAAUAAGUUUAUUUGAAUGCAGUUCGACCAAUUAUAGAGGCAGCCUUUAAUAAGGCUCGUGUCACUUGUUUUGCUUAUGGUCAAACAGGAAGUGGUAAAACACAUACUAUGUUGGGUGAUGUUGAAAAAUAAAUACCUGGAAUGUAUAUUUUAGCUGCUAAUGACAUAUUUUAACUGCUAUAAUAAGUAAAUUGAUUGCAAUAAUAUUAUUAGCCUGAAUUUCAGCAUUUGAUUGUAGGAGUAUCCUUUUUUGAAAUAUAUUGUGGCAAAUUAUUUGAUCUUUUAAAUUAGAGAGGGUAAAUCUAAAUCAGAGAAGAUGCAAAGGGAAAUGUCAAUUUAAUCAAUCUAAUGGAAAAGAAAGUGAAUUCAGUCUAAUCCCUUAUGUAAAUCAUUACUUAGGGUUAAUCUGUUAGAGUGACAGGUUAAUUUAUUUUAUUAUUUUUCUUAGCUUAAAAUGGAGCCAAUAAUGAAUCAUCAAGAUCUCAUGCUAUUUUAUAAAUCAAUUUAAGAGCAGGAAAAAAUGUUUUUGGCAAGUUGUCAUUCAUUGAUUUAGCAGGAAGUGAAAGAGGAGCUGAUGUUUAAGAUUCAAAUAAACAAACUAGAAUAGAUGGUGCUGAAAUUAAUAAGUCUCUUUUAGCUUUAAAAGAAUGCAUAAGAGCAUUAGAUUUAAAUAAAAAUCACACUCCUUUUAGAGGAUCAAAACUUACAUUAGUAAUUCUAAUUAAAGUAUUCUUAGGUUUUAAAGGAUAGUUUAACAGGUAAUUGUAAAACAGUAAUGAUUGGAAACAUUUCUCCUAGUUCAUCAAGUAGUGAACAUACUUUGAAUACAUUGAGAUAUGCUGAUAGAGUUAAGGAACUUAAGAAACCCUAAGAUAAAUAAUUUUAGGGUGAUUAUAUUUAAAGGGAAUUAAUGUUGGCUAGACAAAAUAGUAAUAAUAUAUUUUAUUAUUAAAAUAGCAAAGGUUGUUAGAAAAGCAUAUAAGAAUCCAGAUGAUGAGGAUGAUGAAGAUAUAUCAUGUAAUUCAAUGAGUAAUUCAUUGUUCCCAUAAUAAUAACAGUAAUUUAUGUUUUAAUAAUAACCAUAAUAAUCAAUAUAAUAGUAAUAAUAACAGAUUAUGAUGUAACAAUAAUAUUAAUCAAAUUAAUAUAUCUAUUAAUAAUAAUUAUAAUAACAAUAAUAACAAUAAUAAUUUAUUCCUUAAUAAUAAUAGCAACCUUAAUAAUAAUAAUAAUAGAAUCCACCUAAAUUAUCUUAAAUACCUAAAAAUUCUUCAUAAUAAAAUUCGAAUAAUAAUCUUCUUAAUAGAUUUAAUUUAGGUUCCUUACCUACGAUUAAUGGAGGUAGUUCUUCUAAUAUAAUGCCCAAUAAUUCCAAAUAAUAUACAUAAUAAACAUUCUUAUAAUAAUAAUCUUCAUGUAAUUCAAUAAUGACAGAAGUUCCUUAAUAAUAACCUUAAUUAUUUCAGCAAUAACCAUUUUAAUAAAAUAAAACACCCUUGUUCCCAUAAUAAUAACAUCAAUAAUUUUGUUAGAAUAAUAAUAAUCUUUUCUAAGAAAAUGGAUAUGAUUAAGGAUAUUAAUAAUAGCAAUCAAAUUAAUAAGCAUUAGAUGUUAGAUAAGAUUCUAUGGUUGAAGAAGAAUUAUGCAUAAACAAUCCAAACUAUUUUAGUGUUACAGGAAGGUAUUCUUAAGAAUCCCAAUCCUCAAGACAAAGUUCCACAAGACCCUUAUAAGAAAUUAAUAAUUAUGAAGGGUCUAAGUACUUUAAUAAUAGACCAUUCACAAAUAAUGAUUAUCAAUAUUAGUAACACAUUUUGAAUGAGCAUAAAUAAACUAUUGAUAAAAUAGUUGAAAUCACUAAAGAUGUAUUGAUUUGAUUAUACCAAAGGAAAUGAUUAAUUUGUAAUAAGUCUAAUCUCCUUAAGAUAUGUCACAAUAUGUCUCUAAAGUGAUGUUCUAACUAUAAAACAAAAUGGACUUGAUUGCCAAUUUACAUUAAAAGAUGAAGCAAUAUCAGAAGGAUUUUGAAACAAGAGGAAUGCCAUUCUAACCAAAUUCCCAUACUUUUAGUUUAUUUUAAUAAGAUGAUAAUUUACUUAACAUAGAUGAUAAUGUGCUUUGA